UCGUACCGUUUUCAAUUUCGCACAAAAUAUUCUAGACGUACGUUGGCAAAUUGACAGGAACGAGUUUUUAAAAGUGUGGAUUUAUCAUUUACUAACUAAAUAAAUAAAAGAUAAAUUAAUUCGUAAUUUCAUCAUGAACUUACUAGAACUACCAGAAUGUAUGCUUAUGGAGAUAUUUGAGUUCCUUACCUAUGAAGAGGUAUCUAAGAACCGUUUGGUUUGCAGGAGAAUAAAUCAAAUAUGCCAACAAGUAUUAAAUGGAGGUUUCAGUCGAGCUGUCCGCCAGCAUGGCACCAUCUUUAAACGGAUUAAAUCCAUGCUCCCACGUAGAGAAUCGGAGCGACGGAAUCACAGUUUGGCGCGUCAUGCAGAUAUUCUCACAUCUAUCGAGACACGUAUUUCCAUGCUAUCCAUGACAUAUUGCAAGUACAUAGAUCUGAAUUUUUGUUGUUUCAUACCGGGGCGUGUGUUAGACGAAAUUUUUCGUAUUCUCGCACUAGUGUCAAAAACUCGUAAAACUCUUCGACCACACGAAGUUCUUCAAGAGCUUCGUGAUAUAUCGUCCAUGGCUAUAGAGCACUUUGAUGAAAAAAUAGCAAACCUUCUUAAAUCCUAUGUGGAUGCUAGUGGUAGCAGGUCGAAUGCCAGUGGAAUUGAUAAUAAACGCAUUACGCCGGCAAGCUCAGGUUUAGGGAGCAUUAGCUUCAGUGUUCAACCAAGUAGCUCAAGUAUGUGGGCACAAUCGUCUAGCACAUCCACAUCAAAAAUCUGGACACCGCCAACACGAGCGGCGCCAGUGAAACUUGCUUGCAAUACUUGCAAUGACUCUGCUUGUGAAGCUAUUCUGAACCGGAUGGCCGCUAUUAUAAAUAUGAAAUCACCACAUUCAGACAGUUCAGAUUCCACUGACUGGGAUUCCUUGUAUACGGCAGUUGGGUGUUGCGGUGCUAAAACUACAGAUGUUUGCCGCAAAAAUGAUGCCCAACAACGCAGCAAUGGAUGUGCAGAGGCUAGAGCUACUAUGGUCAAGUACAAGAAACUUGAGUUGGAAUACAAAAAUGGAGUACAAAGGAUGAACCGGAUGCAGCAAAUACAAGUGCAACAGUCACGUCGUUUGCAACAAUCUAUGAACACUAUUACAAUUAUGAGCACUCAAAUCACAGAACUUAAAAAACGUUUGGAGGAUUUAGAUGCAAAGAAUCGUGAAAUAUCUGCAAAUAUCAAACAGAUUAACCCAUCCUCAGGAGAAGCCACUAAUGCAACACCAGCAUCUGGUGCUAUUACUUCUGCAGACGUAGAUGAUGACGGACUUGAAGAUACUGAUAAGGCAGAAGGACCCUCAGCUGCCAAAAAACGGCGUUGCGAAGGAAGAUCGACAGGGCGAAAGAGAAAGUCUGAUUCAGAUGAAGAGCUUUAAAUUGGAUUGAAGAUUACGGAGAAAUUAAAAAUGUCAUAAAUGAAUCAAAGGUAUUAAUCCGUGUUUGCAUUACCUACUCUGCAGCAGCAAUAUCAACGAAAGCAUUGCUCUGCUCUCGCUACUGCUUUGAACUUGAACAGAUGAGUAGUGGAGUAACUGUUUUGCUCCGCUCCAAGCAAAGUUUCUAGUAGCUUAGAGGCAUAGCCAAACAAAUUUUAAGUGCAUAUGGACUCGAACUACAGCUGCUGCUCUUGCUUCUGUUGCUCCCUACUACUUCCAUAGUUGCUAUUUAGCCACUGUACGUUUUUUUUUUUUGUUGUACGCCUUUUUUAUGAAUUUUUGCGAUGCCAGAUUAAAAAUAUAACCGACAAACUAUGUAAUGCAGAUUGUUGGGAUGGUUGAAUGCAACUUAAAAUAAUUUUUUUUUUUGUAGUUCUUGAAGCCUCCAACAUUGUAUGUUAACAUAAUUCCAUACGUGACGGACUCAUUUUAGCGGACAUAUCGCUAAUAAUUUGGAAUACAUAUAGCGCUAAAUCACAUUCUACCGCAUAUCAUAUGUAAAUGUAUGUGAGUACAUAUAUUCGCAAACUAGCGAAGGAAUAUUUCAUACUUCAGAGUCUGAUUUGAAUAUUUUUAUUUUGAGUAUGGCUUGAUGGGAGAAGAUAUUAAGUAUUGAUCAAGCAAGAACUGUGUGUGUAAAUGCAAACAAGCGGGAUGUUUCCAGGAAUACACCAAGUGAUUAAUAUUUACUUUCUUUUUUAAAACAUGAAAGUGCGGACAGGCAACAGAAAUCUAAUAUUUUAUUGCUCUCUUUCCCUCACCGAUAUUUCAAUUGUCUUGAUACUUUUUCCAUUUUUAUAUACAUAUUUGGGCAGGUAACAGCUGCACUAAUUACCUCAUAAUUUGUAAAGACCAAAAAACCUUUAGGUUUUUCCAGUGUAACUCUAGCCCGUAUAUUCGAGAGUUGCAAUGCUUUGUUCUUGUUGCGUUAUCACUCGCCUACCGACAAAAUUCGUGAAAAUGGGAAAAGGUUCCAAAAAGCAUUGAAUUAUCGGCGAGAAUUUAGAUUUCUCUAGUCUGUAUUUACUUUCGUGUCUCAAAAGGGAGCUUUCAUAUUAUUUACUUGAUAUUCCUGGAAAUAUCCGGCUUGUUUGCAUCUAUACACUGUUGCUGCUUGCUCAAUAUUUUAUGGCUCCUACUCAAAAUUAAAAACAAAAAUAUUCAAAUAAAACUCUGACGCACAAAUAUUCCUUUAUGCGUUGGCGCAUAUAUGUAAGUAGAUUAAUUUACAUAUGAAAUGGCGUAGAAUGUGAUGUAGCGCCAUAUCCCAAAUUACAGACACAUAUUAUUAAUUUAUAUCGUAAAAAAAAUGUUCAAGAUAUCAAUAGAGUAGUCCGUCCUACCUGGAUUUUUUUUUAACCUAAAAAGUUGUAGUCUUUAGGAAUUAUAAAAAUCAUAAUUUUCCAAACCAAAAAAAAAAAGAAUAGUGACCAAAUAGUAGCAGUAGCUGGCGCAUAAAUGAAUCAUUUCGCAAGCAGCGCUCCGGCCCAUUUCAAGUUUUCUGCUACUACUCCAACUACAGAGAGCACUUAAACAUUUGUUUGACAAUUUCUCUGAGAUACUAGCAGUUACGAAACGCAUUUUGGAGCGGACCAAACCAGCUGAUACCGCAUUUGUGCUAUCUGUCCACUACUCAUCUGUUCAAGUUCAGAGCAGUAGCGAACGCUAAAAUUAAAACUAGGAAAUAGCGGCGUAAUUUCAAUCCCUGAUAUUAACUCACUUUAACCAAUGGUUAACAAAAACAAUGGUAAUCGCUGGAUUAAAGUUGGCUGACUUCCUAAACACAUAUUACUUUUCGUAUUUCUGCGUAUACUCAAACUGAUUUACUUUGCGACGCAUCAUAGCAGCCAUGCCUCUAAGAAGUCAGCGAAUCUAAAAAAAAUGUAUACUUAUUUUCGUUGUAAGAAUUUAUACAGCCUAUUUCUAUAGAUUAGUUUGUACAAAAAAUAGUCGGUUAUUUGAUUUAGGAUGAAAGCCGACUGAAGUGGUACAAACGCGAAACUCUUACAUUAUGGGAAAUAUUUGUAAAUACCUAGCAGCUACAUAUGUAUUUUGUAUCCUUGUUUAAAUAAAUCGACUUAUGCCUGUA